GGUGCAGCCUGAAGAGGUGAGUCUUCAGAUUAAAUUUAGCUUAUUUCAAUUGUACAAAUCAUCGGCAUUCUGACCUCUUCCAAUGAUAUGACCAACUGCUUGUGGAUAUUGGCUGGACUACAAUUACUCCGUUGACUCAGACAUAUAUGAUUUAUCAUGGCUGCAACUACGGCUGGAGCUGCAGAACCUCCUGGAUUAGAAACCCAACACAGAGAAAUUGAAGCUCUUCUCCAGAAUCAUGAUCUCCGCGCAGGCGACAGUUGGUAUCUCCUGGAAAGACGGUGGUUUGAGCAGUGGAAGGAGUACGUGGAAACUGGAGACCAGAACUCCUCCUCCUUCCCCGGACAGAUCGACAACACGGAGCUGUUCGAGGAGCUGGAGUCGUACCGCUUGAAGGAGCGCCUGGUGGAGAACGAGGACUUCGUGUUGAUACCGGCCGAGGCGUGGCACAAGCUGCUGGCCUGGUACGGCGUCGUGGCAGAUCAGCCUGCCCUGGAGCGCAAGGUGGUGGACCUGCCCAGCACCGUCAAAGUGGAGGUGUACCCGGUGGAGAUCUUCCUGUGUCUCCACAGCGACAUGGAGAACGUUCUGACCGCACAGUUCAGCCGAGUGGACUCGAUAAAUGUGAUCCAGAAGACGAUGCGGAAGCAGUUCGAGGUGCCGGAGAGCGCGGAGACGCGGCUGUGGAUGAAGAGCUCGGAGACGAGCUGCGAGAGGCUCCGCAACGUCCACAUGACCGUCCUGGACUCCUGCCUCAGCUCUGGCAUGACUGUUAUCAUGGAGCUGAGGAACGCAGACGGUACCUGGCCGAGUUCCAGGCCCCAGAUCAUGAGGAACUCUGUAGAGGAGCAGGACUCUUAUAAGGGCCAGCCUGGGGUUUGUGGGCUCACUAAUCUGGGGAACACGUGCUUCAUGAACUCCGCUCUGCAGUGCCUGAGCAACACGCCCCCCCUGACGGAGUACUUCCUGCGUAGCGCGUACCUGGACGAGCUCAACUUCACCAACCCGCUGGGCAUGAAGGGCGAGAUCGCCGAGGCCUACGCCGACGUCGUCAAGCAGAUGUGGUCGGGGAGGCACUACUCCGUGGUGCCCCGCAUCUUCAAGACCAAGGUGGGCCACUUCGCCUCGCAGUUCCUGGGGUACCAGCAGCACGACUCCCAGGAGCUGCUGUCCUUCCUGCUGGACGGGCUGCAUGAGGACCUGAACCGCGUCAAGAACAAGGAGUACAUCGAGCUGCGGGACGCCGACGGCCGGCCCGACCAGGAGGUGGCCGAGGAGGCGUGGCGUAACCACCGGCGGCGGAACGACUCCGUGAUCGUGGACACCUUCCACGGCCUGUUCAAGUCCACGCUGGUCUGCCCCGAGUGCCACAAGGUGUCCGUGACCUUCGACCCCUUCUGCUACCUGAGCGUGCCCCUGCCCGUCAGCAAGGAGAGGGUGAUGGAGGUGUUCUUCGUCUCUCUCGACCCUGCGGCAAAGCCCGUGCAGCAUCGCUUGGUUGUGCCCAAGGCUGGCAAAGUGUCUGAUCUGUGUGCUGCGCUCUCUCUAGCAACAGAUAUCCCAGCCAAUCAGAUGGUGGUGGCCGACGUGUUCAAUCACCGCUUUUAUAAGAUCUACCAAGCAGACGAAUACCUCAGCUGCAUCCUGGACCGAGACGAUAUCUUUGUGUACGAGCUGAGCCGGGGCUCGGUGGAGGAGGACGGGGACGAGGUGGUGCUGGCCCUCUACCUGCGCGAGCGCUCCCACUACAGGGACUACGGCUCCGGCAGCAGCAGCUACGGGACGUCCCUGUUCGGGCACCCCCUGCUCAUCUCCACCCCGCGCGGCCAGUGCUCCCAGGAGAGCCUGUACCAGCUGUUCCUGCAGCGUCUGGCGCGCUACGUCCGACCGCUCGAUCCCUCGGAGGAGGUGGAGGAAGAGGAAGAGGCGGAUGACGAGGAGGAAGAACUGUACAAGACGCAAACCAACGGCGUGAGCGAUGAUGAGGGUGAAGACGAGGAUGAGAAACCAGGACCUUCCAAGAGAGAGGGGGAGGGGGAAGGGCAGGGUCAGGGUCAGGGGGAGGGGUCUGCAUCCGAGGUGAACCAAUCCAACGACUCGACGGAGCCGGCAGAUGCGGGCGCCACCAACAACGUCGGGAAGGCGGGGUGCGGCCGAGAGGAUGCCCCGCCCCCCUCGGCGGGCGACGGCGUCGUCGACGCGGACGCAGACGUUCCGAACGCGGCUGACGGGACGCUGGCGGCCGGACGGCAGCCCUCGGACGAAGACGAGGAAGAGGAGGAGGAGGAGGAAGACGGGGAAGACGGGGAAGAAGAGAAGGAGCAGGCCACGCCCCACAGCCCUCAGCCCAACGAGCGACUCCCCAAGAGGAAGUGCUGCCACGCCAAGCGCAGGAAGCAGCUGUUCGCCAUCCAGGCGGUGAACUCCAACGGCACCACCGAGAGGGGGAUGGGGGAAGGAGGCUGCGCCUUCUCCUUCACCUCACAACCCUACGUGGCCAUCGACUGGGACCCUGACAUGAAGAAGAAGUAUUACAAUGAGAACGAGGCUGAGAAGUACGUGAAGCACCAGAGCAUGGAGGUGCCGCACAAGCAGACGACGGUGCAGCUGCAGCAGUGCAUAGAGCUCUUCACCACCGUGGAGACUCUGGAAGAGGAGAACCCCUGGUACUGCCCGACCUGUAAGAAGCACCAGCUGGCCACCAAGAAGCUGGACCUGUGGUCUUUGCCUGAGGUUCUCAUCAUCCAUCUCAAGCGCUUCUCCUACACCAAGUACUCUCGCGAGAAGCUGGACACCAUAGUGGACUUCCCCCUCAGGGAACUGGACUUCUCCGGGUGCCUGCUGAAGAAGACGGGGACGGACGGGGAGCCCCCGAGCCGAUACGACCUGAUCGCCGUCUCGAACCACUACGGCGGCCUCCGAGACGGACACUAUACCAGUUAUGCAAGAAACAAGGAUAACGGUCAGUGGUACUACUUUGACGACAGCAAGGUGACUUAUGCAAGAGAGGAACAAAUCAUGACCAAUGCUGCCUACCUCUUGUUCUACCAACGACAAGACAAGAUUCGCCAGCCUACCCUCCCCACCCCCCGGGACGGUUCGUCCUCUCCCUCCCAGUCUGCCAAUGAGGUCACUUCCCCUCCCCAGGAUGGAGUAGAUGGAGCCACUUCCUGUGUAAACAUGGAAACGGAUUGAAGCAGCCGUCUUGUUUUUUUUUUUAAUUUUUAAUUUUAAGUUUUUUUUAUUUUAUUUUGUGUUUUUCAUUUCUAAUCCUUCCUUCCCCUUUUGUUUUUUGUAUUUUGGUGGGGCAGUUUGGUGUUUUUUUUUUUUGUUUGUUUGUUUCCUUUUUUGUGUUUACUUCAAAAACUUGAACCUACUGCCUCUGUUUCUCUGUUUCUGCAGUGAAUGAGGAGUGAGGGGGUGGAGGCAAAAUUCUCAGGCUGGUGCACGGGGCGGGGGCGGGGGGGGUUUGGGGGUGGGGGGGGGGCCAGUUGGGGGGAAUACGGGGAGGGCGGUGCGUAAACAGAAACAACAACUUAGGCAAACUAGACGAAUGCUAAUUGCUAAUUGGAAGACACACUGAAUCCCGGAUGGCGUUCCUGCUCUAUCCCGGGGAGUCUGCGGAUCAGCCAGGACACGCAGCGAUCUCUCUCUCUUUUUUUUUUUUCUCUCCGUGUGAGGGGAAAAAACAUUCCUGAAUAGGAAAAGUGAGUCGAGCCGCGACAGGUUGAGUUGGGAUGAGGCUGCAGUCGGUGGCCGUGAGCUGAAGCGUCACACGCGCUGCUUUGAUGCAGGGAGGGCGGAGCUCGGUUCUUUCCUUACACAGUCCAUUGUGGAGAGGUUGCACGGGGCUCCUAUUCUGAUACGCCCUCGUGUGUGUGUGUGUGUAUUAUUGAUAGAAGAUCUGAUCACAAAUGAACUUGUCGGUCAGGACAAGUCUGUGCAUCCCUCCUAUCAUAGCAAAGUGAGGAACUCCGUAGCUCCGGUUUCAGCCGACACUGAGCAAGCAGACGGUGGGAUUAACAACAACAAAAAAAAAAAAAGAACUUAACAAAAUGAAGCAAAGGUUACUUAAUUUUUGUUAAGUAUUGAGGACGAACCACUUUUUGCCGUUUCUGGGGUUUGAUCCAAUUGCUGAGCGUUCUGAGAGGUCUUCGUUGUUCAGUUUUAAAGAAUGGGUUUUGUAGCUGGUAAUGCUAAACCAGCAGUUGUUAAAAAAAAAUCAGGAGGAGCAUGUUUCUGGUGAACCCAGAAGUUGGGAAACUCAGUGGGUUCGCAGUGUUCAGCCUCAACUGCUCCCCCCCCCCCCCUGCUUCCAGGGACUAAUUGAACAGAAAUAUUACGUGUCAGAUGUUGCAAUAUGAAUGUUGUGGACAUUAAGCUCCGUAGCAUUCGAACAUACUCAUUUUGGUUGCAGGCAGUAACAGGGAAAAUAAUAGCUUUCUUUCAGUCGCGUGAUCAAUUAUUUAUUUUUAAAAAAUCAAACUUCGUUCAUAGCUGGUCUUGCAUUUAGGUCGUACUACUUAAUUGGCAAACGUUUGCGUUUUUUUUUUUUUGUUUGUUUAUUUGUUUUUUUUUCCUCUUCUGAAAAGUAUAUUUUUCAAAUUCAGAUUAGAAUUUGUAUUUUUUAUCAUGGUAAAAUAUGGCACAUGGCAGUUUAAAUAUUUCAUUUUCUUUUAUUCCUGUUCAAAUUUCUAAAUAAUAAUUAUUAUUAUGAGCAAAUGAGAAAUUUUCUUGCCGAGAACUGCUUUGAAUAGAGCUCUUUACAUACUGAUUUUUAAAGCGCAGUUGUACAGUAUUUUUGUAUUGUAAUUACUGUUGUAUUAUCUUUGGUCUUCUGCAUCAGAUGAACUGGGGCUGGGUGUCCUUUCAUUUUAUUUUGUUAAUAAUAGAUGGAAUAUUUUAUUGUAUACUCGUCUUUUGAUAUGAAUAAAUGACAAUGCUACGUUUGGGGUAGAUUUUACACUUUGUGUGGAACACCAUAGCUCCCAGCCUGUUUUUAGCCUAUGAACCAAUGGGAAUCCAGGUCAUGUGUUUUUUUGUUUUUUUUUGUUUUUUUUGAGCAGGCUGAGAGUGCUGCUAAUCUAUUCGCUGUGUGUGUUUGGCUGGCCACGGUCCCGCAGCUCUCCUCCAAUCAGAAGCCGAAGCGGUUUCUUUCAGAGAAGGGGAGCUUAUCGAACUUGCGUGUUCCUCUGGGUCGAAGCCUGACAUAACCUCCCAUGACUACAGCUCGGUCGUUCAGGCUUUAUGUUUUUAAAACUAGCAUCUGUUAAUUCAGGAGGAAAUAAAAUUGAAGUUUUUUUUUUUUUAAUCUCUUACAUUUUAUAUUCCUCGGUGGACAUUGGAUUUCAGAUCCAGUGCUCUGCUCAGUUACCCAGAUUGUAUGCGUCUGCUGAGGUCAGUUUUCGGCGGUUUUGCGCGCACGUACAAACGGGACUUCCCUAGAGUGGGUACCCCAUCUGCCAUCACUAGCAUCCCACAAUGCACCUGUGGCUGUAGUGGCUCUUGACCAGCCUUCAUUCACAUACAGUCUGCUCAGGGAGAGGCCAGAACAGAACACCGCAGUGUUCACGACAGGAAACAUGGAGAGUUUUCUAUUUUCCCCUGCUCCCAUUACUAGUCCUCUUAGCAAUAAUGACUGUGCCACUGCAUUUGAAUUGUCAAUUGUCUAAUGUUAAAAACCAUAUAUAUAUAUAUAUAUAUAUAUAUAUAUAUGAUACUCUCUGAAGCUAUAUUCUCUGAUGAGAACAAUCGUCACUGAAGUCAUUAACUGGUUUGUUGUGUGUUUGGAUUGCUGCAGAUUUUCAGAAUCAAAAUGGAGUUUACUUUAUUUGCAGAUGUAAUGGGCAUUCAGGGUGCACACGAGGUUAAGUGGCUCCUCCUCAGCCAACGGCAAGACCUGUUUGCUGUUCCUCAUUGUAGACACUGCUGGUGACUGUCCACAAUGCAACGCAAUAUCUCUAAUCUGUGAUGUUUCCUCUGAACUUCUCUGUCUGUAUAUUUCAGUCUCGUGUUUGUUUUUAGCGUACAAUUUGACACACAGCCAGCAAACAAAUGUAAAAUGUUCAGCUUCCGUCUUUUUUUCGUUUCGUUUUGUUUUUUCUGGUUGAAACGGGGAUGGACAAGCGUUCCCUCUUGCACAAAGCAGUUCUAAUGCGCUGACAUCAGUCACUGCCUUAAAUGGUGUAGCCUGCUGCAGCAGGUGGAGGGGAUGCAAACGAUCCCCAAAUUUUCAUUUUCACACGUGCGAGAAUUGUCGUCGCCUCUGAGCCAAGGUCUCCUGCCGGUCGUAUAUUCCCAGAAUUCACUCUGUUGGAGUCCACGUAAUUACACUGUGCAAUUAAGAUGUUGAUCGUCUACUUUUUGGUUUUCUUUACGUCUGCAGAAAUGGGACUACAAGGAUGGGGGUGGGAGGGUAUUUUCCAGGCACGCAUUCGCGCCCACAAUUAAGACAAGUUUGAUGGUAGUGUCAACAGCAAAUUAAACACAAGUGCACCUUACUGCAGUAUAGCUAUGGAUAAGGGAUUUCUUAAGAUUGUUCAUUUAAAAUAUGGCAAAUUGAUUAGUUAAUGUAAGUGUAUGUAGUUUAAGUAUGACCAGAUUGUCUUACGAUCUGGUUUUAAAUAGCAACAGAAAUGCUUGCAGGUUUAAAAAUUCAUGAAAAUGCAGUGUUAUAUAUUAGGUCAAAAGGCAUAUUGGAAUAUUGAAACAACCGCAUUUUAUUUGUUGCUGGUUUUUAAUUAUAUUCUAAUUUCAGGGUUUAAUUAAUGUAAUGUGGAUAUUUUGCCAGCUUUAACAAAGAGUAGCGAUAUUAAAUUUUUCCUCCUUAGAAUCGGUCACUUAGUAAACCAGACAUUCACAAAUGCAUUGGUUAGAAAUGUGCAAGCUCCAGUUGAAGGGAUUAAUCUGUUCAUUUGUGCCAACAGUCAGAAAAUACUGCUUAAUUUUUAAAAACAUGGAUUAUGAAUUCAUCCUCCUGUACGUGUGGAAAUCCCGUACAGAAUAAUGGAACGGAAUUCUGUAUUUGUAUUAUCUUCAGUUUUAAUGUGAUUCACUUUUAGACUUCCAGAGAGGGUUAGUGCUGUUCAUUUAAAUCCAUGUAAGACACAAUGUACCAAAUAAUAUGUACUUAAUGUUGAUACAUACAAGAUGUCUGUAUAUAAACAAAUACAUUGACUUUUCAUAAAUUU